AUGGACAAUGUAGCUCAAUUUGAAAAUACUGCAAUUCUGCAGGAAUUGUGUUCCACUCGACUGAAUUUCCCUUAUUUUAACGCGUUUCACACUUCCUCUGUUCACACUCCGAAAAGCCUAAAUGGCAACCUGCCAAAUUCGCUAAAAUUUAGUUCAUCUAAAGUAUCCCUGACAAAAGAGUCUUCUCCGCUGCGUUUGAUGCCGCAUCAAUUUCAUAUAUUUCUAAAUGUGUCAUUCUUCUUUCUGACCUCCAGACAACUCGGCCUCGUCUUGUUGCCUUCCCAGACUUUUACUUGGUGCACCGUUCUCGGUUCUACACCCUAUUUGAUGUGUCUUCGCCUGGUCGACGCUACUUACAUCUUCCGUAAGUCGAUCUCCUACCCUGAGCCAGUUAAGAACUUUUGCGUUGACGGCGAACCGGCGGUCGCCAGUUGCCGGAGUGACUUUACGGGUUGUGGAUAA